UAGACCUAUGAGGGUCAAUUGUAUGUAUGAAUAGGGCGGUACUUUGGUCAACAAACUGAAAGUCUUGGGAAGAGCGAUUUAAAUUCCGUAGACUGCAGCCAUUAAAACGUCAUAUUCUUAAUUUUCUCCCUUGUAACUGAAAAGCCUACGGACAUGAGCGAAUUUAAUACCACACAAUGUAAACGAUCUCUUGAAACAGGUCCCGAAAAAACCAGUACAAAGCAGAGAAUCUCACUUUCUCGUCGUAAAACUCGACAAAAGAAAGAGUGUGGCCAGUCAUCAUCACAACAGGAACUACGCCACAAUGAGCAAGACAAACAUAAUAAUCACGAUUCGAAAGAUCUGCCUUUUGAAUCAACAUAUCCAGUAAAGGAAGAAAAACCGGACCAAAUUACUACUUUAAAUUUAACUGCAUCGCCAUCGAUCCCAGAAUCGUCGACUUCAUUGCAAGAAACAAGCCUAACGAUCAAGAAUAUGGAUCUCAGUAAAGCAGAUUUUAUAAUUGAUUCAGACAUAGGCCAUACAAUUUCCAACACAGUGCUAUCAAUACAAGAAUUUCCAGAGAGCAAUAACUAUAAAUCAAGUCUUAAAGACACAUUAAAGCAUGAAUGUGAAACGGAAGAGAAAGCUGAAGUCAAGUUAGAAUAUAAAAAUGAAACUGACGGUGACGGUGACGUAAAAGUUAAAUACGAAGUAAAAGAAGAGACUUUUAGUGAUGUAGAAUUUAAAUACAAAGUAAAAGAAGAUCAGAACUAUGAUAUUAAAGUCGACUUCGAGGAAAAAUAUGAAUGUCCUAUCUGUGAUGUCGACUUGACAUUCAUUACAUCCACAGACAUACGACAAGAGCAUGUAAUGGGUUGUAUAUCUAGUGCCGAAUAUAGGCAAGAGACUAGUAUAUGUAGUGUCUGUAAUCGGGAUAUUACAUAUCUCACCAUAAAUCAAAGGCAAAAACAUGCCAACCGUUGCCUAGAUGGAUCAUCGGUUACAACGUAUAACCGUAACUCAAGUAAUGAUUUUGCAACGAAACAGCCAAUCUUUUUAAAUAGACCACAGAAGCUGCCAAAAUCGACGCGAGAAGAAGACAAACACGAUGAACUUUAUCAAGCAACAUUGGCUAUGUCUAAAUCCUUACAAAAGCCCGAUAAAAAAGCCAAGAUAGAAUUGGAUGAGGCAAAUAUCUGGUCUGAUCAAGAAUCGCGGUUGGAAGCAAGUCACCAGUUGAGUUUGUUACUAGAUGCCCAGAACGAGAUACGCAUGUCCAUUCAAUCAGAACGUGAGAUUUCUAUUGGAUCGAUCGGUCCCUCUACUAUGCUAACAGUGCCUACAUUAUUACUAUCUCGGUCGCCGUCCAUAAACUUUUGGGGAUUAGCUGCAUUGGAGGACAUGGAGCCCUCUAUUUAUAACUGCGCAUUUUUAGGCCAUAGCAUUAAUGCUUCCAAGGAAAAGUGAGGGAGGAGCUUUAAAAAAAAUAAGUUUAAAAAUUACAGUGUUCUUUGGUCUUUUCCUAGUCCUUUUAAACUUUUUAUUGAAAAAAAAAAAGAAACAAAAAACAAAAACAAGCGUGAAAAAAAUGAGCUCUAAAAAUGACAGUAGCA